CGUCUCACCCAGAGUUGGAUCAAUGAAAGAGACAAACACCCGAAUAGACUCCAUGUCCUGCAACUGGAGGGCACUAAUUAUAACAGUUUCCCUGAGUUUGUCAAACAAGUCGAGGCCAUAGUAGGUGACCAGGGUAUAGAUACCCUGAUAAAUAACGCAGGAAUCGCUAUUAAAAAACUUCUCGAUGGAGUGACCGCUGAGGAUAUGCUUAAGAAUUUUGAAGUGAAUUCUGUGGCACCGCUUAUGUUAACCAAAGCAUUGCUGCCAUUGCUUAAGGUAUCGGCGUCCAAACGUAAAACUGCUGUAAUUAACAUAUCGUCAGGUCAAGGGUCAAUAGCCAGGGCCAAUCACACACCCCCUAACCCAUGGAGGAGUAUGUAUCCCUACCGCACGAGUAAAACAGCACUCAAUAUGAUCACCAAAUGUCUGGCGGUUGACCUCAAACCACACGGUAUUCACGUGAUUUGUAUGAGUCCAGGUCACCUGAAAACUGAUCUAGGUGGGCCUACCGCUGAUUUGGAAGUGAGCACCGGUGUGUCGGGCGUGUUAAACGUAAUUAAAACCCAGAUCACCGAUGAUGUGUUGGGUAAAUAUAUACGAUAUGAAGGCUCUAUACUUCCGUAUUAA